GCCUUCGUUGGCUGGAGUCGCCUGGGGACCUCAGACAUGAAGCUCCUCUUCCCUGCCCUGCUGUUCCUCCUGGCCCUUGGGCUGAGUCUGGCUGCCCCUAAGAGAGGGAGAGGGGUUCGAUGGUGCGCCAUAUCUCAGCCAGAGGCAAGGAAAUGCUACAAACUGCAACAGAACCUGAGGAAAGUGGGUGGCCCCUCUAUCUCCUGCACAAGGAAGAAAUCCUACACUGAAUGUAUCCAGGCCAUUGCAGCAAACAGGGCAGAUGCUGUGACCCUUGAUGGCGGUCUGGUGUAUGAGGCAGGACAGGACCCAUACAGACUGCGACCUGUGGCAGCAGAGGUCUAUGGGACGGAAGAGGCGCCGCAGACGCACUAUUAUGCUGUGGCCGUAGUGAAGAAGGGCAGCAACCUUCAACUGAACCAGCUGCAAGGCGUGAAGUCCUGCCACACCGGCCUCAACAGGUCCGCUGGGUGGAAUAUGCCUAUGGGCACCCUUCGUCCGUACCUGGGCUGGGCAGGGCCACCCGCACCCCUUCAGGAAGCUGUGGCCAACUUCUUCUCCGCUAGCUGUGUUCCCUGUGCGGAUGGCAAGCAGUACCCCAACCUGUGUCGCCUAUGUGUGGGGACAGGGGAAGAUAAAUGUGCCUGCUCCUCCAAGGAACCGUACUUUGGCUACUCCGGUGCCUUCAAGUGUCUGAAGGACGGAGUUGGAGACGUGGCUUUUGUCAAGGACAGUACAGUGUUUGAGAACCUGCCAAAUAAGUCUGAGAGAGACCAGUACGAGCUGCUCUGCCCAGAUAAUACCCGAAAGCCAGUGGAUGAGUUCAAGGAGUGCCACCUGGCCCGGGUCCCCUCUCACGCUGUCGUGGCCCGAAGUGUGGGUGGCAAGGAGGACGCGAUCUGGAGGCUUCUCAGCAAGGCUCAGGAGAAGUUUGGGAAAGGCAAGUCGUCGGGAUUCCAGCUCUUCAGCUCUCCUCCUGGGCAGAAGGACCUGCUGUUCAAAGAUGAGACCCUCAGGUUUUUGAGGAUCCCUGCGAAGGUAGACGCUGGGCUGUACCUUGGUUACAAGUACCUCACCAUCAUCAAUAACCUGAAGGAAUCGGUAGCGGAGGUGGAGGCCCGGCGCACGCGGGUCGUGUGGUGCGCGGUGGGCCCGGCGGAGCUGCGCAAGUGCCAGCAGUGGAACACAGAGAGCAAUGGCAGAGUGACCUGUGCAACAGCCACCACCACCGAGGACUGCAUCACCCUGGUCAUGAAAGGAGAGGCUGAUGCCGUGAGUUUGGACGGCGGAUUAAUCUACGUCGCGGGCAAGUGUGGCUUGGUGCCUGUCCUGGCGGAGAGCAGAAAACCCGAAGAAGGCAGUAGCUUGGAUUGUGUGAAUAGACCAGCGGAAGGGUAUCGUGCGGUGGCGGUUGUCAGGAAGUCAAAUGCUGGCCUCACAUGGAAUUCCCUGAAGGGCACGAAGUCCUGCCACACCGCAGUGGGCAAGACCGCCGGCUGGAACAUCCCCAUGGGCCUGCUCUUCAACAAGACAGGCUCCUGCAACUUCGGUGAAUUCUUCAGUCAAAGCUGUGCCCCUGGCUCAGACGUGAACUCCAAUCUCUGUGCGCUGUGUAUUGGCGAUGACCAAGGCCAGAACAAGUGCGCCCCCAACAGCAGAGAGAGGUACUACAGCUACACCGGAGCUUUCAGGUGCCUGGCCGAGAAUGCUGGAGACGUGGCGUUUGUGAAACCUGCCACUGUCUUGGCGAACACGGAUGGAAGGGGCACUGAAACGUGGGCUAAGAAUCUGAAGCUGCAGGACUUUGAGCUGUUGUGCCUGGAUGGCACCCGGAAGCCCGUGACUGAGGCGGACACCUGCUACCUGGCCAGGGCCCCGAGUCACGGUGUGGUGUCUCGGAAAGAUAAGGUGCAGUACCUGGAGCAGGUGCUGCUGGACCAACAGAGCAAGUUUGGAAGAAAUGGCAGCGACUGUCCAGGCAGGUUUUGCUUGUUUCAGUCUGAAACCAAAAACCUUCUGUUCAACGACAACACCGAGUGUCUGGCCAAACUCCAGGGCAAAACGACAUAUGAAAAAUAUCUGGGAUCGGACUAUGUCUCGGUGGUUGCGAAUCUGCAGCAAUGCUCCACCUCGCCGCUUCUGGAAGCCUGCGCCUUCCUGAGGAAGUGAAGCCGAGAAGCUGCCCCAGCACCACCCGCUCCCCCCUGCCCAGAGCCUCAGCCCUCGCUGCCCCAGCCCCUUCCCCAGGCCCGCUGGGGCCUGCCUCUCCCUUCCCGAGGGGCAGCUUGCCAGUCUCACUGUCUUCACAAUUCCCUGCUCUCCUCUCAACAAGAAAUAAAAUCAGAAAUAUC